UCUUUAGUUUCAUUUGUUAAAUACAAGUUGAGUAUUCUUGAUGAAUCAUGACAAAUCUUGUUUUGUUUUGUAGCAGGAAAUUUGCAGCCAUGGAAGUCACCCAAAAUCUUGGAAUGAAGAAAGAUGAUUCCCCUGAAAUAAUCCCUUCACUGAUUAGAUCUAUAGAUGCUGAUCUACUUGUGGGAUUUGAUGAUGGUCUAGUUUUGAAGCAAAAUGUCUCAGAUUUUGAAUUCAUGGAUUCUGAAGGAAAGAAACUCGAAUUCGGAAGCUCGAAUGUCGAUUUGCAGCACCAUAGAACACCAUCGAUUUCCAUCAGCAUGCCACCGUCUCCGAUGGAGGUCCAUCUGCAGAACACCAAAAGGGUUGCAUUCAGAGAUGAUGUUGAACUUGUUGCCAAGAAUGAACCCACCAGUUCAGCCACCAAAUUCCACUCUCAGCCCAUACCCACCGGCGUUGGUUUCGAGGAAGCUGUUGCCGCCGGGAAAUUCCCAAAUCGGCCGGUGAGAAACCCGAGGAUUGAUAAUCUGCAAGAUGAAAGAUAUAACUCGUUUAAAACAUGGUCAGGUAAACUUGAAAGACAACUCUCGACUUUACGCGGUAAGCCACCAACUGAACUGCCGGUGAAUACUCCCCGGAGCGAAACUUUGCCGGUAGACCGGUAUUUCGAUGCAUUAGAAGGACCUGAGUUGGAUACGCUCAGGCCAUCGGAGGAAAUAAUUCUUCCCGACGACAAAAACUGGCCUUUUCUUCUCCGGUAUCCGAUCUCAUCAUUUGGUGUAUGCCUGGGUGUCAGUAGUCAGGCGAUCAUGUGGAAGAAUUUGGCAUCGACUCCUUCGACGCAUUUCCUUCACGUAAGCCCGAAUGUGAACCUGAUUCUAUGGAUAAUAUCGGUCGUUCUUUUUGCUGUUGUGGCCUCCAUUUAUCUUCUGAAACUGAUCUUAUACUUCGAAGCUGUUCGUCGAGAAUAUUAUCAUCCAAUUCGAGUCAACUUCUUCUUCGCGCCAUGGAUCGCUUUACUGUUCUUGGCCAUCGGAAUUCCGUCGACCGUCGCCACUAAUCUACCGCAUUUUUUGUGGUAUGUUCUUAUGACACCUUUCUUCAUCUUGGAGCUCAAGAUUUACGGACAGUGGAUGUCCGGCGGACAACGGAGGUUGUCGAAGGUGGCCAAUCCGUCUAACCAUUUAUCUGUCGUCGGAAACUUCGUCGGAGCUUUGUUGGGUGCGUCAAUGGGGUUAAAAGAAGGGCCGAUCUUCUUCUUUGCGGUGGGAAUGGCUCAUUAUACAGUUUUGUUUGUGACUUUGUAUCAGAGACUUCCCACCAAUGAAACUCUGCCGAAAGAGCUUCAUCCUGUUUUCUUUCUGUUUGUUGCUGCUCCAAGUGUUGCUUCAAUGGCGUGGGCAAAUAUUAAUGGAUCAUUCGAUUAUGGGUCUCGACUUGCUUAUUUCAUCGCCAUGUUCCUCUAUUUCUCACUGGCGGUACGAGUGAACUUCUUUAGAGGAUUCAGGUUCUCGUUGGCAUGGUGGGCAUAUACUUUUCCGAUGACCGGAGCUGCAAUCGCAACGAUCAGAUACUCGAGCGAAGUGUCAAACGUCGUGACUAAAUCUUUGUUGGUUACUCUCACGGUGAUUGCAACCCUGACAGUGACCGGCCUACUCGUAACCACGAUUUUGCAUGCUUUUGUGUUGAGAGAUCUGUUUCCAAACGACAUUGCGAUCGCCAUCAGUGACCGGAAACCGAAAACUGUUCGGAAAUGGUUUCAUCGGAGGGCCGGCAGCUACGAGAAAGAUAUCGAACAUUACCUUAAAUUUGUGACCUCCGAUGAGAAAGAUGUGGAAGUUUCUGUGCAGGGAAACGGCACUAAAGAUAUUGAAAGCCAAACAACAUUGCCAGCUUGAAAUGGGUCGAGGUUUCAGUGAUCAGACAAUGGAGGGACUUAGAGGUUCUGAUGAUGUUGGACGUUGACUUUUUUUUAAUGUGUGAAAGGAACAUGUAGGAUGGUGUUGAGUUGUAAAUUUGGUGAACAAUAAAUAUUAUGAUAUUUUAUGUC